GUUAUGCAGGGUAAAGGUACACACUGAGAAGGAAGAUAGCAGCAACAAUAUGGCGACAUCCGCAAUUUCUUCCGAAUUUAUUCGACAUUUGCAGUCCAGGGAGGGUUGUUUGGAUACCCGCUAACGUGUUCAUAAACUGGGUGCCGUGGAGGGUACAUAACAAAAGAAGAAGUUGCUGCAGGAUGAAAACAUGGCUGCACCUAUUUUUGCACCGCCAGGACCUGACAGCUUCAAGUACUUUACCAGGGAAUCUCUGUGUGAAAUCGAGAAGCGCAUUGCUGAGGAGAAAGCCAAGCCGCCACCUAAGCCAGACACCAGUUACCGCGACGAUGAUGAUGAGAACAAGCCCAAGCCCAAUAGUGACCUGGAGGCAGGCAGGAGUCUGCCCUUCAUCUACGGGGACAUCCCUCGUGGCAUGGUGGCAACACCACUGGAGGACUUGGAUCCCUUCUACAUGAAUAAGAAAACGUUUAUAGUGCUAAACAGAGGGAAAACAAUCUUCCGCUUUAGUGCCACACCUGCCUUGUACAUGAUAAGCCCUUUUAAUCUUGCUAGGCGAAUAGCUAUUAAAAUUUUGAUACAUUCAGUAUUCAGCAUGUUCAUUAUGUGUACAAUUUUGACCAACUGUGUGUUCAUGACGUUUAGUAACCCUCCUGAGUGGUCCAAACAAGUAGAGUACACCUUCACUGGAAUUUAUACAUUUGAAUCAGCUGUAAAAAUCAUUGCCCGUGGAUUCUGUAUAGAUGGCUUCACGUUCCUUAGAGAUCCAUGGAACUGGCUGGAUUUCAUGGUCAUCUCAAUGGCGUAUAUAACAGAGUUUGUAAACCUAGGCAAUGUCUCAGCUCUGCGCACGUUCAGAGUUCUGAGGGCAUUGAAAACUAUUUCUGUAAUCCCAGGUCUGAAGACCAUUGUUGGCGCUUUGAUCCAGUCGGUGAAGAAGCUGUCAGAUGUGAUGAUCCUUACAGUGUUCUGCCUCAGUGUCUUUGCCCUCAUUGGUCUGCAGCUCUUCAUGGGAAAUCUGCGAAACAAGUGUGUCAUCUGGCCCAUCAACAUUACAGAAAUGUACCAUGGCAAUGGCAGCCAUGCCUUCAGAUGGGAGGAGUAUAUCAUGAAUGAGACCAAUUUCUACUUCCUACCUGGUGCAUUGGAUGCUCUUUUAUGUGGAAACAGCUCUGAUUCAGGUCGCUGUCCUGAAGGCUUCACAUGCAUGAAGGCUGGUCGCAAUCCAAACUAUGACUAUACCAGCUUUGACAGCUUUGGCUGGGCUUUUCUGGCUCUCUUCCGUUUAAUGACACAGGACUAUUGGGAGAACUUGUACCAGCUGACCCUACGGGCAGCAGGGAAGACCUACAUGAUUUUUUUUGUGCUGGUGAUUUUUGUCGGCUCGUUCUACCUUGUGAAUCUGAUCCUGGCUGUGGUAGCCAUGGCAUAUGAGGAGCAGAACCAGGCCACUAUGGAAGAGGCGGAGCAAAAGGAGGCAGAGUUUAAAGCCAUGCUGGAACAGCUAAAGAAACAUCAGGAGGAGGCGCAGGCUAAUGCCAUGGCGACGUCGGCGGGUACAGUGUCUGAAGAUGCGGUGGAGGAUGAUGGUGAAGAAGGAGGGAACUUGUCUUGCAGCUCAUCUGAGAUGUCUAAACUCAGUUCCAAGAGUGCCAAAGAGCGACGCAACCGCAAGAAGAAGUGGCGGCAGAAAGAACAGGAUAAGGAGAAAGGGGACAGUGAGAAGUUUGUCAAAUCUGAAUCAGAUGAUGGAAGCAGAAGGAGCAGAUUCCGCUUCCCUGACAACCGGUUAGGGCGUAAAGGCUCUAUAAUGAACCAGUCUCUGCUUAGCAUCCCUGGCUCACCAUUCCCUUCGAGGCGUAACAGCAAGAGCAGCAUCUUCAGCCGCUGUAAGGACGGAGGCUCAGAGAAUGAGUUUGCGGAUGAUGAACACAGCACAGUAGAAGAGUUUGAUGAGCGGCGCAAUUCCUUCUUAAGCCUGCAGCGUCGCAGUAGCUACACGGGUUACUACGGCAAGCGCAACAGCACUGUUGAUUGCAAUGGAGUGGUUUCUCUCAUCGGUCCGGGGCCUGGCGGACGCCUACUGCCUGAGGUGAUAAUAGAUAAGGCAGCUACUGACGAAAGCCCAACCACUGAUAUCGAGAUUAAAAAGAAACUCUCAGGAUCUCUAAUGGUUUCUGUGGAGCAGCUAAACACAUCAUUUGGGCGCAAGGAGCGAGCCAACAGUGUCAUGAGUGCUUUAACCAACACGUUAGUUGAAGAACUGGAAGAGUCUCAGAGGAAUUGUCCACCAUGCUGGUACAAGUUUGCCAACACCUUUCUUAUCUGGGAGUGUGGCCCUGUUUGGAUGAGGAUUAAGGAGAUUGUGAACCUGAUUGUGAUGGACCCUUUUGUGGACUUGGCUAUCACCAUUUGUAUUGUGCUCAAUACCCUCUUCAUGGCCAUGGAGCAUUACCCUAUGACUGAACAAUUUGAACAUGUCCUGAGUGUUGGAAACCUGGUGUUUACUGGUAUCUUCACUGCUGAAAUGUUUGCCAAACUGGUUGCCAUGGACCCUUACUACUACUUCCAGGAGGGCUGGAACAUCUUUGAUGGCUUCAUUGUGAGCCUGAGUUUGAUGGAGUUGGGCUUGGCUGAUGUGGAAGGUCUCUCUGUGCUGAGAUCAUUCAGAUUGCUAAGAGUGUUUAAGCUGGCUAAGUCAUGGCCCACCCUCAACAUGCUGAUAAAAAUCAUUGGUAAUUCAGUAGGAGCUUUGGGGAAUCUGACCCUGGUGUUGGCCAUCAUCGUCUUUAUCUUUGCCGUGGUGGGUAUGCAACUGUUUGGGAAGAGCUACAAGGACUGUGUGUGUAAGAUCUCUAAGGAUUGCGUGCUGCCCCGUUGGCACAUGAACGACUUCUUUCACUCUUUCCUAAUUGUUUUCCGGGUGCUAUGUGGAGAGUGGAUUGAGACCAUGUGGGACUGUAUGGAGGUGGCUGGACAAACCAUGUGUCUCAUUGUCUUCAUGAUGGUGAUGGUCAUUGGGAACUUGGUGGUCUUGAAUCUGUUCCUUGCCUUGCUACUGAGCUCAUUCAGCGCAGACAACCUGGCAGCUUCUGAUGACGAUGGUGAGAUGAACAACCUGCAGAUCGCAGUGAUCCGCAUUAAGAAGGGAAUUGCAUGGGUGAAGGUCAAAUUUCGAGAAGUGAUAAACACCAUCCUCAGGAAGCAGGUCACAGACGAGGCCAAGCCGUUAGAUGACAUGUACGACCGUAAGCUAAACUGCAUUGCUAAUCACACGGGUGUAGACAUUAGCCGUGAUCUGGACUAUCAGAAAAAUGGCAAUGGAACCACCAGCGGUAUCGGCAGUAGCGUGGGCAAGUACAUGAUUGACGAUGACCACAUGUCCUUCAUACACAACCCCAACCUGACUGUAUGUGUGCCCAUUGCUGUGGGCGAGUCGGACUUUGAGAAUCUCAACACAGAAGAUUUCAGCAGCGAGUCUGAGGCAGAGGGAAGCAAAGAAUUGGAUGACAUCAGCUCAUCGGAAGGCAGCACCAUAGAUAUUAAACCAGAGGUAGAGGAAGCAGUGGUUGUGGAGGCAGUAGAAGAAUAUGUUGAUCCAGAAGCUUGCUGGACUGAAGCUUGUAUUGCCCGCUACAAGUUUUGUGAUGUGCCCAUCACGGAGGGUUGGGGAAAGAAUUGGUGGUUCCUCCGGAAGACCUGCUAUCUGAUUGUGGAGCACAACUGGUUUGAAACCCUCAUCAUCUUUAUGAUCCUCCUCAGUAGUGGAGCAUUGGCCUUUGAGGAUGUGUACAUUGAACAGAGGAAGACUAUCCGUGUCAUCCUGGAGUAUGCUGACAAGGUGUUCACCUACAUCUUCAUAUUGGAGAUGUUGUUAAAGUGGGUGGCCUAUGGUUUUGUCAAGUACUUUACCAAUGCUUGGUGCUGGCUGGACUUCUUCAUUGUUGAUGUGUCUAUAGUCAGCCUUAUAGCUAAUGCGCUGGGCUACUCCGAUCUAGGGCCCAUUAAAUCACUCAGGACACUAAGGGCCCUGAGACCCCUCAGAGCAUUGUCACGUUUUGAAGGGAUGAGGGUGGUAGUCAAUGCCUUGGUGGGUGCCAUCCCUUCCAUUAUGAAUGUGUUGCUCGUUUGCCUCAUCUUUUGGCUGAUUUUCAGUAUCAUGGGAGUCAACAUGUUUGCGGGCAAGUACUACUACUGCUUCAAUGCAACCUCUGAGGAAUACUUCCUACCCGAAGAGGUCAACAACAGAUCACAGUGCUUUGAACUAAAGGCACAGAACUUCACUGAGGUGCGCUGGAAGAACGUCAAAAUCAACUUUGACAACGUUGGUGCUGGUUACUUGGCUCUACUACAAGUGGCAACCUUCAAGGGAUGGAUGGACAUUAUGUAUGCAGCAGUUGACUCACGAAAGGUGGGAGACCAACCCAAGUAUGAGGACAACAUCUACAUGUACAUCUACUUUGUCAUCUUCAUUAUAUUUGGCUCCUUCUUCACCCUCAACCUCUUCAUUGGUGUCAUCAUUGAUAACUUCAACCAGCAGAAGAAAAAGUUUGGAGGUCAGGACAUCUUUAUGACUGAGGAACAGAAGAAAUACUACAAUGCUAUGAAGAAACUUGGCUCCAAGAAACCUCAGAAACCCAUACCUAGACCCCAGAACAAGCUCCAGGGGAUGGUGUUUGACUUUGUGACACAGCAGGUCUUUGAUAUUUCCAUCAUGAUCCUCAUCUGUUUGAACAUGGUCACCAUGAUGGUUGAGACAGACGAUCAGUCACAGGAGACUGAAAACAUCCUGUACUGGAUCAACUUCAUCUUUAUUGUGUCCUUCACUUCUGAGUUUGUCCUUAAGCUCUUUGCACUGCGUCAUUAUUACUUUACCAAUGGCUGGAACAUCUUUGACUGUGUUGUGGUUAUUCUUUCUAUCGUGGGUAUGUUCCUGGCUGACUUGAUUGAGAAGUACUUUGUGUCGCCAACAUUGUUCAGGGUAAUCCGUCUAGCUCGAAUUGGACGUAUCUUGCGUCUGAUCAAAGGGGCAAAGGGCAUUCGGACUUUACUGUUUGCCCUGAUGAUGUCACUGCCUGCCCUGUUCAAUAUUGGCCUUCUACUUUUCUUGGUCAUGUUCAUCUUUUCUAUCUUUGGCAUGUCAAACUUUGCCUAUGUAAAGCGAGAGGCUGGCAUAGAUGACAUGUACAACUUUGAAACAUUUGGAAAUAGUAUGAUCUGCCUGUUCAUGAUAACCACCUCGGCGGGGUGGGAUGGUCUUCUGGCUCCCAUUCUUAACUACGAUCCGGACUGCGACCCAAAUAAGGAGAAUCCAGGUACCACAGUGAAAGGUGACUGCGGAAACCCUUCGGUGGGCAUCUUCUUCUUUGUCAUGUACAUCAUUGUCUCUUUCCUCAUUGUGGUAAACAUGUACAUUGCCAUCAUUCUGGAGAACUUCAGCGUUGCCACGGAGGAAAGUUCUGACCCACUAUGUGAGGAUGACUUUGAGUCCUUCUAUGAGAUCUGGGAGAAGUUUGAUCCCACCGCCUCCCAAUUUAUCACCUUCGCCAAGCUGGGUGACUUUGCCGACACUCUGGAGCACCCGCUGCGUGUUCCCAAGCCCAACACUAUAGAGCUGAUCGCCAUGGACCUGCCCAUGGUGAGCGGUGACCGCAUUCACUGCCUAGACAUCCUGUUUGCCUUCACCAAACGUGUGCUGGGUGAUAGUGGUGACCUGGACAUGAUGCGGCAACAGAUGGAGGAGCGCUUCAUUGCUGCCAAUCCUUCCAAAGUGUCUUUUGAACCAAUCACCACUACUCUGCGGCGUAAGCAGGAGCAUAUGUCUGCCUCAGUCAUCCAGCGUGCUUACCGUGCCCAUCUUAUUCGGAAAGGCUUCAUCUGCAAGCGAUUGCUUGGCAAGCUGGAGAACGGUGGGACCAAUCAGGACAAGAAGGAGGGCACGCCUUCUACUGCCUCGUUGCCGUCCUAUGACAGUGUGACUAAACCUGAGAAAGAGAAGUUAGAGGAGAGUGACGGCAAGGGCAAAAAGGGCAAAGACCAAAAAGAUGUCAAGGAAUCUAAAUGUUAGGAAUGAUGGUAAAGUGAGACAGAACGGAGUCGAGACUGAAACUAUCUAUUCCAAAAAGUGUAUAGAAAAAAAUCAUUUGCAACAAAAACACUGAAAAUCUUUGGAGAAAAAAAAGGUUGUUGUUACAGAUGAAGCAGCUUGGUUUUUACCAAUUUAAUAUUGACCAAACUAACCUAUGAGCUUAUUGUGCAACAUCUGGGCUCAGUGACCAAGAUUUUACUGUCUCCUCACAGCAGCCGACAAGGCAUACAAUGAGACACAAAAUUAUGACCUAUGGCAGAUAUCUUUGAUAGGGACCACCUGCCAAAGGUCAAAGCAGUACAAAGAGAUGUUGAAGCUCAUAAGGAUUCCUUUAACCACCAUGUGUGGAGUUCAGCAUUCCUCCGCUAAGGACAUCCCUUCCAAACACUACACUGCCGAAAUCCAAUGGAAACCUCCCACUCAUCCAAGGAUGUUUCUGGGAUGUUGUGUUUUAACCAUAAGAGAACCUGUAAUAACAAUGUUAACUCAAUCAUGUGGCGUGUACGCUGAAAAAACAAAACAAAAAAAAAACUGAACAUUAUGCAAGGGUUUCAUUUGUUUGUGGUGAAUAUAUUUUCACCUUAUUUGACCCACAAAAGAGUAGGGAAAAAAGUUCAGCCCAUGUCAUUCAUCUUGUCAUCAUCUCUUUGUUAUACUUGCAGAAAAAAAUACAUUUUAUACAUGGGCUUUCACAUUGAUAUUGGGUUGGGGGUUUAUCCAGGUUUUUGACUUGGGCUGAAAGGGACAUACUUAGACCGAGUUCCAGUUAAAUAAAUAAUUAAUUUUGCUCGUUCAGUGCAUAGAGACGACUUGCAUGGUGGCAUGUUUUGAUCAGGAAUCAUGCAUGUAUAAUCAUAGUCCACUUGGCACUGCUACUCAAACCACAUCAGUGGCUUGACCGUACAUUGGAUACUGUCCACUAGUAAUUAAAUGAAAUAGAUAGAGCAGGGAAAUUGUUUGUAACAUAUUUAACUACUGGCUAUGACAAGUAUAUUUGUACUUACCCCUCAUAAUGCUUUCUUCCUGAUUAACCGAUUCUCACACCAUGCGUCAUGUGAGUAAUUCAGGCGGUACAACAUGACAAAUGCCAAGAGACGAAACACAAACACAUUUGUACACUUAUAGAUGUGUUUCACUGCCCUAGGAAGGAGAAAGGGUUGCAAUGUUUGGAAUGAUGAGCUAAUUUAGAGAAAGAUUACACUGAAAUCAAAUCUUGGGUUCAUAAACCUUGAUUUGCUAUUUUGCACCAGCAUUACAAUAUGAUUCAACUGCCCCUCAAUGUGCAGCUGAGGCUCCAGUAGGUUCUUAAAUAUGUCUUCAAAUAGUACUGCCACCAUGCCAUUUUAAUCCUUACAAUGCUUUGUCAGUCUGUCGGGACCAGGCCUCAAUGAGAGGCGAUGCAUUUUUUUUGGGGGGGGGGGGGAUUUGUGUUCAUGUCAAUACAUACUCGUGUUUACCAUUUCAGCAGUUGGCAGUUUUGUAAGCAUCUUGUUUUGUCCUACAGAUAUUGAGGAAGGCAAGUGAGUAGCCAUACCCCAGAUGACAUUGUUAAGAGUUUCCUCCCUAUUGUAUGAUCAAGUGACUCAUAAAAAUCUUCAGAUUACUUGGUAUAGACUGCAGAAUAGAUUGGAUACAGCAUACAUACAUAUAAACUCUGGCUUUACACAGCAGAAAAAUAAGAAAGGCAGCAGUUUGAAGUGUGAUGAAGAGAUGGGUCUGAUAAUAAAUUUGAAUAUUUUCAUGCUCUACACAAGGCAACACUAAAUUGCUACCUUUUGAGCAAACUGCCAUCCCUUCUUGCUCUAGGUGCAAAAUAAAUUGAUUAGAUUUACAUUAUUUCUUUUGUUUACAGCAUUUUGACUAGUGUUUACUUUCACAUUCUGUGAGGAUUAAUGCUUAUUCAGGUGUGGGCUAGCCCAGUAUCUGUGCAUAAGGUGUUAAAGUGGACCACAGACAAAAUAAUACAAUGCUGAUUUCAAACUGCUGGUAAAUGUACACCACUAAAGCCAGUGUUUUCUGAGUGUGCUGGAGAGAGCACGCUACCAGUUUACAAACCCACUCCCUGUACUUUUUAGACCGAUCUGUAGGUCUGCUUACUGCCUGAGGUCUGCAAAUCAGUGUGCGUGCUGUGGACUUGAACCAAAUGAAGCCCAGUAAAAUACUUAGACUACCAUGUAGUUUUACACCAAACCCCAUUUUAGUUCAGAUGUAAAGGGGACAAAAUGGAAAAAUCACUCUCACACUGUACGACAAGUUAAUGUAUAAUUUAAUGUACAGAAGGGGGCUAUGACAUACAUGGCACUAUUGCUGAAAAGUUAAGAAUGAACAUUUGAAGAAAACUAUAAGCAUUGUAAUAUAUUAUUUUCUUUUGGCAUGCUUUGUUGUGGGUUUUGUAAAUACAGACUUUUAAAGAAUUACUGCUAUUAAUCUAAUAAUAAAUUAUAACAAUGAUAUAGAAUGGCUUCCAGCUGAUGCCCUUGUCACACAUUUUAAAUUUUUUUCUAACACUUUUCACUUUUAUUAAAGGGAAUUGAAUUAUAUACUGUAUCAUGAAUAUUAGACAGAUUAUAUGUAUGUAUAUAUAUAUAUAUAUAUAUAUAUAUAUAUAUAUAUAUAUAUAUAUAUAUAUAUAUAUGAAGUAUAUGUAUGAAAGGAUACACAAAUGAGCACUGUAACAUUUCAUUUAUAUGCAACAUGUCCAGUGGAUGUCAAAAGAUUUAUGUUGGAGACAAACUCACGCAUGAUUGUUAUCAGCACUGCUUUUAUAUUUUAACCUGAUACUGUAUGAUGAGAGGGUUAUGCAAACAGCACACCUCUUUGUACCUUUUUUUUAUUGACACAAACACAUUUACACAAGAAUGCACAUGAAUGCUCGGUCUUGCAUAUGGACAUUUUGUAGUCACCUACCGAAGCCUGAAAUUCAAAAACAGUCACAGAGUUGGUCAAGAAUUGUACUCUAAAGGCCUCCCCAAACACUUCAGUGCCGAAACUCGUGGGCCUGAACAACAGUUUUGUAUUCAUUUCGUAUCCGGAUUUUAUGUGUUCAGUGGUCUGCUACUUCACUAAUUGUUGUGUGCCUUUUCCUGCAUUUUCUCCAUGUUCCUAAAUUUUCUAAAUUGCAUUUUACAGCAAUUUUGGAGGAUGGUGCCAUAUUUAACAUUUAUUUUAUGAAGGGGAAAGAGGAGAAAAGAAAUGGAGCACAGUGCAAAUCAGGGACUAUAGUUUGAACAAGGCAUUUGGUCUACUGCCAGAGGAAUACCGAAAACAAACCAAGAAACAAGCCCACUUCUUCUAGAUUUGAUGUUACAAAAUCUUCUGAUGUUCUGUUUUCUGUACUUUGUGUAUCAUCCACUUGGCUUGUAAAAAAAAAAGCUUGCCUUCAGACUUUUGUGUUCUUUCCAUCUUUGAAACUCACUUUUGUAUCGAUAUUCAGUUACUGGACUUCCAUUUUUAGCAUGACUAAAAUGCUUUUCCAUUUUGCUGAAAAUAUUUCAAAAGUGCUUUUCAAACUGUUGUUUUGUUUUGACACAGUGUUAUAGGAUGACAUAUAAUGGUGUGUAUGGCACAACCACUGGAACUCUUAGUAAGAACAUAUAAAAGAUUGUCUUCAUUUGAGCACGAAACUUUUUAUUAACAAUAAAGCAGCCUUCCAGUUGCA